CCCGACUCUUUCGGAUCAUAAUCCAUUGUUAUUGAACACUCGCGCCCACGCCUGCGGGACAGUCCACACAUCCACGGAACGCGCGCUGCCCAGACAGGUGUCGACUCUCUGAGUCGAUGUUUCAGAAAUGAGGAGUGUGGACGCAGCGGUGAUGGUGCGUCCACACAGAUAUGAGACCAGGCUGAUGCGGCUACUAUUGACGAUGCAUCGGCAAUGUCGAGGACGAGGACAAGGUGUGAGUACCAGUAGAUUCAAUUCGUCACGAUCAUAUAAGAGUGCUCAGUUGCGGUACCCCUUCUAGCAUUCUGCACCAGCCUAUCGGACAUGGAUACUACAGUACUUCUCGUCCAGUGCCUCCUCGUAUUCGGGCUAAGCCUCGGGAUAUACCACGCUGUGAAACGCGUCUUCGUCACAAAUUCCUUGGACAAUGUACCAGGCCCACUGUCGCAGUCAUUUAUCAAAGGGAAUAUGGCCCAAUAUCACAGCCCCGAUUCGGCGAAAUUUCAGCGACAUAUAGUAGAUGAUUACGCUGCGUAUGUCGUCAAACUGCACAAUAUCUUCAAUAGGCCCGCGCUGUACAUCUACGACCCAACAGCGCUUCAUACGAUUCUGAUCAAGGAUGGGAACAACUGGGGACCCACACCACACUUCACUGCCAUGAACAGAGCGCUGUUCGGUCCAGGGUUAUUAUCUACACUUGGUGAUCAACAUCGGAAGCAGCGCAAAAUGCUCAAUCCUGUUUUUUCUGCUAACCACAUGCGGUUCAUGCUACCGAUGUUCUACGACACUGUCCGAAGACUUUGUGACGCUAUCAAAAGUCGUAUCGAGAAUGGGUCGCAAGAAUUAGACAUGGCGAAUUGGAUGGGUCGAACAGCACUAGAACUCAUCGGGCAAGGUGGUCUGGGCUAUUCUUUUGAUAAUCUCGUCGACGACAAGGAAGAUGCGUUGGCUGAAUCCAUGAAACUCUUAUUCCCUAAUGUGUCCAAGCUUUCGGUGCUCGCACUGUUCUCACCUCAGCUGCGGGCCAUCGUACCCGCUGGAUUGCGAGGCCCUUUGGCCAGCAUCGCACCGAUCGCAGCUGCACGUGAUAUCAAGUACAACGCAGAUUUCGUGGCACAGAAGAUGCAGGCCAUAUACGAUUCGAAGAAGCGUGCCUUGCAACAAGGCGACGACGCCGUUGCAGAGCAGAUCGGGCAAGGGAAGGAUAUCAUGAUGAAAGCGAAUAUGCAAGCAGCAGAGAAAGACGGUCUAUCGGAGUACGAGUUGGUCUCACAGAUGUCCACCUUGGUUUUGGCGGCCAUGGACACGACGUCCAAUACCUUGUCCCGAAUCUUGCUCAUUCUCGCCGAGCAUCCGGGCGUCCAGCAGCGUCUGCGCGCGGAGAUCGUCGAGGCUUCUCAUCACGGCGAGGAUCUGCCGUACGAUCGUCUCAUGAAAUUGCCCUAUCUCGAUGCUGUGUGUCGAGAAACGCUACGUCUGUAUUCUCCUUUGCAAUGGUCGACCAGAGUAGCGACACAGGAUACCGUCGUACCGGUCUCAAAGCCAAUUCGCGGAAUCGACGGCAAACUAAUCACUCAACUGGUGGUACCGAAGGGCACGGAGGUUUUCCCUGGUGUAACCGGCUGCAACACGAGCAAGGCAUUCUGGGGUGAAGACGCAUUGGAGUGGAAGCCGGAGCGUUGGUUAUCGCCGCUUCCGGAAUCCGUGACCAAAGCGGGCCUGCCUGGUGUAGCGGCCAACCUAAUGUCCUUCCUCGGCGGGAGGCGUGCUUGCAUCGGUUUCACGUUCGCGGAAAUGGAGAUGAAGGUCGUGUUGGUCGCAUUGCUGCAGAGCUUCGACUUCGCUCCCUCCGAUAAACAAGUUCAUUGGAUCGCGUCUCCCAUCUUUUAUCCAUCCAUCACUGAAGACGGGAUGACUCCGCGGAUGCCGCUCCAAGUCUCUACGUGCCACCACUGGUAGUACUGUAGCCAUGUAUUCGAGUACUAUGGGGUGUCUGAGUACCACUCGCGUCGAACUUCGGUGGGAUGAGUACUAUGUAACAUUGUCUAAUACCGCUACAUAGAACGAU